AUGCUUGCUGUUGGCUUAUAUUUACAUGAUUUAAAUUAUUAUGAUGGUAGUAGUGAAAUUCUUAUUGCUGGUAUGCAACAUGCUCGAACAUUACAAGCAGCUAUAGAUAAACAACAUGCAUGGAUAACAAAAUUACAAAGUUCAAAAUUAGAAUUACAAGAAUGGCGUCGAAAAGGCAAACGUCUUUUAUAUUCGAUGAUGCCAAGACAUGUUGCACAUAUGCUACAAGAUGGUGUUUUAGCUAAUUCAAUAUGUGAAUCUCAUAAAUUAAUAACUGUUUUGUUUGGAUAUUCAAUUGAUUUUAAAGAUAUUAUACAAAAAUUAACUCCUCAACAAAUUAUUGAAUCAAUCAAUGCUACAGUUAUUGCAUUUGAUCAUUGUGCAGAACAUUUUGAUGUAUUUAAAGUUGAAACAAAAGCUGAUUCAUCAUAUAUGGUAGUAGCUGGGAUACAAGAUCGUCAAGUACAACCAAAACGGCGUGAAUCUGCUGCAAGUCAGUCAACGACGUAUAGUGUUUCAGUAACGGAUGAAUUAGGAUCUGAAAUGAAAAAUCCAUUAGGUCUUAAUCAAGCAGAAAUCGUUGCUGGCCUUGCGCUUGAAUUAGUAAAAAGUUCUAAAAAACUUAUAAAUUCUGUUACAAAACAACCAUUUCGAGUUAAAUUUGGUUUUCAUUCUGGUCCAGCUGUUGGCGGAAUCGUCGGUGCAAAAAAUUUUCAAUAUUGUCUAUUUGGUGAUACAGUAAAUACAGCUAGUCGAAUAACAACAACAGGAGAACCAGGUAAAAUUCAUUUAAGUAGCGCAUCACAUGCACUUUUAAAAGACUCAUUAUAUUUUCAACUACAAUAUAGAGGAAAAACAGAAUUAAAAGGUAAAGGUUCAUAUGAAACGUAUUGGUUAAUUGGUCCCACAGCAGCGUAUCUAUCUGCUCUCAAUGAAGCUAGAUUCGAUGAUAAUGAUGAAGAACAACAUAUCAGACCUAGUUUGCAACAAAUACCUAGGUUUGAAAAUGAUAGUCAAAUAAAUUCUAAUCAUACAUCUGAUGAUUAUAUUAAAACAAUGCGACGACCAUCAGUUUUAAAUGUUAUUAAUAAACAAACAUCAACUACUAAUGGUCAAUGUCCGUUUAGCCAACAAAUAAUUGAAAUUGCACCACCUGCAAAUGCUAAAGACUAA